GUGAGUCCCAGAGCUGACAUACUGUAUCUAUCCUCUAUUCUAGGCGCGCGUCUUUACAGUAGCAAUGGGCGCAGAAUUUCUAUUUUGGAAAUACAGAUCAGUACUUUCUUUUAUCUUUUUGAUUGUAAUUGUUUAUAGAGUUAACUUUGCCUCAUCAUUCCCGGUGGAAAACGGAGCACCUCUUGCCAAAAUGUACCCCAGGGGCAGCCACUGGGCAGUAGGACAUCUGAUGGGGAAGAAGAGCAUCGAUUUCCCUUUGGGAUACGAGGAGGGCGAUGGGACCCUCUAUUUAUCAACAGGGGAGGAAGCCAAGGAGCUGGAUAGACCUUUGAAAUGGUCUGAACUUAUCAAAAUCAUGAUAAGGGCACUGGAUGGGAAUAAUAGCCAGAUGGGUCAACUUUUAGAAGAAGAUAUACCUUUCAGUAGCAAGAAUGCUUGGGAGGCAAGGGACAAGAGCAGCAACCUAAAGGAGGUGACAAACUACCUCCUGCAAGCCCUCACCAUGAAGGAUAACAACCCCAGCUGAGAAGGAAAAUCAACUUAAAUUACAGAGACUUUUACUUCUUUUCAAGCAAUUUACUCUUAAUACUACCAGACAAACUGCUUUUGUGUUGAAAUAUAAUUUGUGUUUCUGUCUUGAAUCAAUUUACAUUAACCAAAUAUGUUGUGCUUUGAUGGUUUAAAUUUAAUUAAUUUCAUUUUUGUAAAUAAAAAUUUGGAAUGGACCAUAAUAUCUAAAUAAUCAAACUCCAUGGAGUGCAAUCAAGCAUUUUUAAUACUUUUAAUCAUUUUAUGAAUUAACACUUGUGCUGCACCAACAUAUACUUGUAAUAAUCACAGUGUUCCCAACUCUGUUAGAUAAAAUUAAAUUAUAA